CGUUUGUGCAGGUACGCCGACUGGCGGAACAUUAUGUCUUACUGUCUUGGCAAACCAAGAAUCACACGAACUUGGAGCUCGGCCGAGCGGAGUGGGACCUCUCCCAAACUGUCUGCUAACUGUCGGUCCAAGAAGACCACGACUUGGCCGAUCCUUAGAAUGCUAUAAAGUAGAAAACGGUCUCAGCAUCUUAUCAAGGGAACGGUGCCCUCCGGUAGCUCAGCUGCUCCGUUCCUAUCUCCGUGUCUCGCCUCGGUUCUCUGGGUAAUAGCUCUCGCACCUGCACCAUGAAGUUCUCGUCAUUCUUCGUCUCUCUGGCACUGGGCGCGCUCCAGGCCGCCGCCGCACCUGCCGAGCUUGCCGCUCGGGCACCGACUCUCUUCCUCUGUGGCGACAGCACCAUGGCCCGGAGCAGCGACGCCCAGAUGGACGGCUGGGGCCAGUACGUCGGCAAGUACCUGAAUAUCGCCGUCGUCAACCGGGCCAUCGGCGGCCGCUCCUCGCGCUCCUUCUGGAACGAGGGCCGCUUCCAGAGCGUCGCCAACGAGGUCAAGGCCGGCGACAUCGUCGUCAUCGAGUUCGGCCACAACGACGUCGGCUCGCCCCGCUCCAACGAUAACGGCCGCUCCGUCUGCCCCGGCGAGGGCACAGAGACCUGUAUCUCCGACAAGACCGGCGAGACCGUCUACACCUUUGUCUUCUACGUCAUCCAGGCCGCCAGGCUCAUGACGGCCAAGGGUGCCACCGUCAUCCUCAGCUCGCAGACCCCCAAGAACCAGUGGGCCACCGGCACCUGGGAUGGCACCCCUUCCCGCUUCGUCUCCAUGCAGCAGAAGGCUGCCGCCGCCCUCAGUAACCCCGCCGUAACCUUCGUCGACCAUCACCAGGCUGUAAGCAACAUGUACCGCAAGCUCGGCUCUUCAGCGGUCCGCGCUCUGUACAUCAAGGACAACACCCACACCAGCCCCGCUGGCGCCGACCUUAGCUCUCAAGCGUUCGUCCAGGCCAUCUACCAGAAGAUGAACGGCACCACUAGCCUCUCUCCCUACGUAAAGACACCAGUCAAGAUCGUCUACUAAUUGACGACACAAUAAUUAUUGUGCUUGUGCGGAGGGGGAAGACACCAAGAAAGAGGACUGGGUCUCGUUUGGUGGAUCUGGGUAUAGCUUCGUUGUAUAUUUUCAGACAAGCCAGAAUAUUACUACCUAGGCAGAAACUUAAAAGUCGUCUGGCUUUCUCGAUGUUUAGGUGUCGCAGUUGUGGAAAGUUGAUUGCUUGAUCUCGCCAAGGAACAUGGACUCGGAUGCACUGCCUUCUUCAUUCCCAGCGAAAAAUUUAAAAUACUUCGGAAGAGCGUAGGACAGCCC